CGUGUCCCGCGGCGGAAGGGGCGCGGGGCGGGCGGGCGGCGGGUCCCGGUGCGGGCGCCAUGUCGGGCCGCUGCUGCCAGGGCCAGACCCCGAGCCGCGACAUCCCGGGCCCCGGCAAGCGCCUCGCCCUGCCCGACGGAGCCCCGCUGCCGCCCGGGGACUACAGCACCACCCCGGGGGGCACCGUCUUCGGGACCACGCCGGGCGGAACCAGGAUCAUUUAUGACCGCAAGUUUCUCAUGGAAUGCCGCAAUUCUCCGGUUGCCAAAACCCCUCCCUCGGACCUCCCGGACAUUCCAGGUGUUACCAGCCCACAUGUGGAGGAGCUGAAGAUUGAGAACAACCACAUCCCAAACUGUGAUGAGAAAGUGAGCACAGCAGCUGAGGAAGAGCAGUUUGACAUGGACAUCUAAAGUACGUGCCCUGGGAGUGCUUAUCCAGUGAAGAACCAGGACCUUGUCUUGAGGAUUCCCACCAGCCAGGCUUAAAAGCAGCCCAUGCCUUGAGUGCCUUCCUGCUUCCCGGGAAAGGCAGUUUCUUCCCUCCCUGGAGCCGGGGGUGUGUCCUGAGACACGGACCGAGCCUCAGCCUCCCCCGCGGGCACCGGCCCUGCUGACCAGGGGCCUGGGGGCGCCAGAGGGGACACUCUCAAUGAUUGGUUUUGUUUCCAGUUUUAUGCUUUGGUUAUAAUCAUUUUAAUACUGUAAAAGUUACAGAAAUGCAAUACGAGGGAGAAAUAAAAAUCAUUUCGAGUCUCCUGGUAUGGAGAUGAAUGCAAUAAA